UUCCUUCUCUUUCUUUUGGCUUUUUGAUUUUCUUCUUUGGAUUUUGGGAGGAGUUCGGGAAAGCCAUGGCGGCGGCGCUGGAGUGCUGGUCCGGGCGGCCGAGCACCGACGAGGACAUGGUUGAGCAGGUGCUGAUGAAGAACAAUGAUCGCUCAGAGUCAGAGGCCUUCACCGCUUCCACUUCCUCUACUUCGAAUCCCCCCACCAAAUGGCAGCGCAUUGGCCGGAACUUUGCCGGCGCGGUCGCGGCCCUCAAGACAUCACUACACCCAGACUCUGCCGGCGCUGGCUCAGGCCCCACUCGUCUCGUGUGGGCUGCCAUUGUUCGCAACCUCACCCAGCUCUACCCUGGAAGCCAGCUCCCUGAUCGCCUCCUCUCCAACGUCCGUCGACAUUUUGAUUCCCUCCCGACGAGCUACUCGCAGGCGGGGUUCGACAUGAAGGAGGUGCUCCUCCAUGUCCGUUUGAUAGAUCAAGCGAGCUCCGAUGAUCUCCCUGCAGUGCAUGUUCAACAAAUCCAGGGUGAAGCCGAGGACGAUGGAGUUGUUUUCCAGCUGACUUUUGCUAGCAACUCUGCGCUUUCAUGGUCGGCCAUAUCUGAAGCGCUUGAUUCCUCCUCGAUUUGCUGCAAAAAGAUACAGAUAUUUGAGAAGAAAGGCCUCACUCUCGCCGUCGUGACAGUGCUCGUUCAGCCCGGCGACGAGAAGGUCUUCAAAUCAAGGAUCGAUGCGGCGCUGAAAUUGGCCGGGAAGAAGCCGAGGAACGCUGAAGUGAAGUUUCCGUUUGGCCUUUGUGGAUGCCAUGAAGGUGUUUGUCAAAAUGCCCAGGAGAAUGGGGAUGGUGGAAAUGGGCUAGAGACUGAGAUGGCAUGCCGUGUUAAGCUCCCUGUUCCUUUGCCCGAAGCUACGAUUUCAGUCAUUGUUGAUGAAUGGCAGAUAGUUCGGUCAGAUGGGGAUGAUGUUGGUCAGUGGCUGCUUAGUUCCAAUGAGGUGGAGAUUGUUGAACAGGCCGGUCUCAACUCAUUCAGAGGUAGUCACAAAGGGAUGAGAAUUCAUCUGAAGAAGCUGAAAGGCUGUGAAAGAGGUAAUGUAUUCGAGUUCGAAGUCCGGCAAGACUUGUUGCAGCUGAUGAGCAGUGGGCACAAGAACAUACUCCAAUUCCAUGGCAUUUGCAUUCAAGAGAGCCAUGGCUUGUGUGUGGUGACAAAGAUGAUGGAUGGCGGAUCAGUCCAUGCUUUGAUUCAGAAGAAGAAGAAGUUGGCAUUCAAGGAUGUGAUGAGAAUUGCAUUGGAUGUUGCAGAGGGGCUCAUGUUCAUGAACCACCAUGGAGUUGCAUAUAAAGAUCUCAAUUCGCAGAGGAUCCUGUUGGAUAAGCAGGGGAAUGCUUGUCUUGGAGAUAUGGGCAUCGUAGCUUCUGGUAAGAAUAUCGGGGAGGUGACUGAGUAUGAGACGGCCGGGUAUCAGUGGCUGGCCCCCGAGAUAAUAGCUGGGGAUCCUGAAAGUGUGAUCGAGACUUGGAUGAGCAAUGUGUAUAGUUUUGGCAUGGUGAUUUGGGAAAUGGUGACUGGGGAGGCAGCUUACUCUUCCUACUCCCCGGUUCAGGCUGCUGUGGGGAUUGCCACAUGUGGACUGAGGCCAGAGAUACCCAAAGACUGCCCACAGGUUCUAAAGUCAGUGAUGAUCAAGUGCUGGAACAAUUGCCCUUCUGAGCGACCUGAAUUCUCAGAAAUCAUCUCCAUCCUUGGGAAACACAACAACAGUGAUGAUUGAGUGCUGGAACAAUUGCCCUCCUGAACCCUUGCUGAAAAACACAACAAUAGGUGAGCACUUUUACUGCGUUUACAACUUACAAAUGCACUACAUUUGAGGUUCAAAGCUCUCCCAAAUGAAUCAAAAUUUUAUCAUAUUGGUCAUCACUGAAAGUAUAGUGUUACAAAGUGAUCCCUUUGAGAAUCAAAACUAGGGUCACAUUUCACCAUGGAAGUUCCACUCAAAGUGGGUAGAUGCCUUCCGGCAUAGGUCUUGUCAUUCACGGUAUGUACCUUCACACUGAUGUUUUUGGCUUUUUUUCUAUAUUAAGUCUCAAUAUGGCCUUCGCAUUGAUUGUCA